UUUACGCAAUUACGCCUUUCUGGCGCUCCCUGCGUUUUGAUGCUUUGGAAGAUUCUGCUCACAUUCGCUCCUCAUAUUCUCCCACUCUCCUCCAUUUCAUCUUACAGACUAUACUUGAGGUUCCUCAUUUUUUUUUGUCCAUAAAAACAAAAAAUUAUUGCACGAACAUCCCCUAAUACGACUGCUACACUGCAGAGAAGCCAAUGGACAGUACUUCUUGUCUUGCUCAACUUGUUCCACUUGAAGCAGUAUUAUUUGACAUUGAUGGAACCUUAUGCGAUUCUGAUCCAAUCCACCUUCUUGCCUUUCAAGGAAUGCUUCAAGAGAUAGGCUACAAUGGUGGUGUGCCGAUUGAUGAGGAAUUCUUUGUCAAACACAUUGCUGGGAAACAUAAUGAUGAUAUUGCCGAUUACCUUUUCCCUGAUGAUCGUGUAAAGGGUGCGAAAUUUUUAGACGACAAAGAAGCUCUUUUUAGAAGUUUGGCAAAGGAAAAAGUGAAGCCUAUCGAUGGCUUAUUCAAGCUGAAGAAGUGGAUUGAGGAUCGUGGGUUGAAACGGGCUGCAGUAACUAACGCCCCCAGGCCAAAUGCUGAAAUGAUUAUUGAAGUACUUGGCCUUUCGGGCUUCUUCAGUGCUGUUAUUGUCGGGAGCGAGUGUGAGCAUGCAAAACCAUUCCCCGACCCAUACUUAAAGGCACUCGAAAUGCUGAAGGUUUCAAAGGAUCACACCAUCAUCUUUGAGGAUUCUGUUUCCGGAAUAAAAGCUGGAGUGGCGGCCGGGGUUCCAGUUAUUGGCUUGACCACACAAAAUCCUGCUCACUUACUCAUGGAAGCAAAGCCUGCAUUCCUUAUCAAAGAUUAUGCAGAUGCUAAGCUAUGGGCAGCUCUGGAAGACAUUGAUAAAAAGGGUGGUCAGAUAACAGCUUGAGACUUGCAUAAACUACAGUAGUAGUGGUAGUAGAGGAUGCCACACGUAUCCAUUCAAAUAAAAUUUUAGCUGCUUCUGCAGAAGUUUCAGAUUAAAGAGAACCUGAUUUAGAAGGGAGUUAUUUAGGAUAGUAUUUGGACAGUGCCCAAGUGAUUUAUAUUAUUUUUAUUUUCAUUAAAUUUUAGCUUUUGCUAUUUAUUAUAGUUAUAAUUUAUUGCGUAAAAUGAAUAUUUGUUAUUACAA